AUGCUCCUCGAAGAAGAUCCUGCUACGCUCAUCCACCAUACAAUAACCAACUUCAACAUCCAGCCAGACAAGGCCGCUCUCUCGCGCAUAAACGACUCUCUCUCUUCCCUCCAGCAGUCUCGAGACCUGCGCUUCCAGGAAGUCGAAAACUCCCUCCGCAAACUCUCGCGCCAGCUAAACACGCUCAACGCCCAGCACAAGGAGACCGUCGAGUCGCAUGAUCCCGCUCGCCAGGCCGCGUCCAUCGUGGAGCUAGACACAGAAAAGUUCCGGAUUGCGAAGGCCGCGUCCGAGCUGGAGAUUGAGAGUGAACGGUUAGAGGCCGAGCUGGAAGCGUUGAAAGCCAGACAAGCAGAGUUAGACGAGCAGGGCCUCGAGGGAGACGAGCUUACGAGAAGAGAGAGAGAGGCCGACGAUGCGACUAUACUACGGCUUAAAAUCUAUCGAUCACUAGGCAUUGAUGUUGACACCGACGAGGCUGGCAAUUAUAACAAAGCCAUUAUCCGGAACAGGCGAAAAGGAGACGUCCACGUCGUGAAUAUCGAUCCCAAAUUCUCACGGUUCUUUUAUGCGAAUUAUUUCUGGCAGGCAAUGACAUGGAGUUGGGGCCUCGUUUUUGAUACCCGACCAGCGCCUGGAAGCCAUGCCAUAUCCAGCAUUCAACAUCAGCCUGAGCCGGACUCCAAGAAGCUAGCAGCAGCUUCAAAGGAGCUGGUCGUCGCAAGUGUGACGUCCGACAAUACAUCCUGGAUACAGGAGCAAUUGUCUGGUUGGACUCCGAAUGUUUACAUCGCUGAUGCCGGCGUUGGCGCUGGCGACGGGGAGAACGGGGCCUCGAUUAUCAGCAAACUUCGUCUCCAAUCCGUUUCCAAGGCAGGCUACGCGCCUCUGAGAUGCAGCUGGGUCCCAGGCUGUCCAGUAGAACUGCACCCCUUGAAUCCCAUUGACGAAGGCCCGAUAGUUCGCAAGCAGACUGAACUUGCAUUCGCAACGGUCUUCAGGACUAUAUUCCCAGGCACCGAAGUCCCAGCGGAAGUGGGUGCAACAUGUUCAUCCCAGUUUGCUGCCACGCGAGAACAGGUCAUGCUGAGGCCCAAGACUGACUAUGAACGUAUUCGAAAAUGGCUCAUGGAGACGGAGCUUCCAGACGAUAUUAGCGGGAGAAUCAUGGAGUACAUGUGGCACAUAAUUAUGCAAAAGAAACCGGUUUAUUGCCCGCCUGCUGGGGAAUGUUACUGUUUCACGUUUGGCCUCUGUGGCCUGAAAUGCACAGCCGCUCGGUGUGAGAAACAAUAUAUCCUGCCUACAUAUGCUGCUGUCCCUGACGGCUGGCCGGAAAAAGGUGGAGGUAAAGAUGGAUGGCCAACUCCAGGGUGGAAUACAUGA